AUGAUGUGGUAUCCGCCAGAACCGUAUGACAUAGACCAGGCUUGGGAGGUAAUCCGAGAUGAAAUCGUUCGGUUAUGCCAGACUUUUGCUCCACCAUCUAGACAGCGGCCGCAUGCGAAAGGCCCACCUUGGUUUGACUCGCAACUUAGGCGGCUUCUGAAGCAUCGAAACCGAGCAUGGAAACAAUGUCAAGCGACUGGAGAAGGAUAUGAUCGAUACCGCAACAUCCGGAACCAGUGUACCCAAAUGAAACGAGAAAAGCGACGUAUCUUCGAGGAGACGUUAGCAAUGGACUCGGUACAAGCACCCAAACGACUGUUCGCAUAUCUGCGACGGAGGACGCGAACCACGACUGCAAUCCCAGCCCUACAGGACGGACAUUCGCUGGGAGUGACAGAUGAACACAAGGCAGAGAUACUGGCGAGACACUACUUGUCAGUCUAUGCUCCUGAACAGAGGCACAAUCGUCCCUCACACAUUGCCGGGGGAGCCCCCCAAAUGUCUUGUCAAGAACUCACCGAGGAAGAAGUGGCGGCAACCAUGCGCACCAUUAGAGUCAACCAAUCCCCAGGACCUGAUGGUGUUCAUCCGUUGGUGGUAAAGGAACUGGCCGAUGUGUUAACUCAACCAGUCACACGACUGUUCAACGCGUCUUUAGCAGCGGGAAAGCUCCCCCAAGAAUGGAGGAAAGCGGUCGUCGUGCCAUUGUACAAAGGUGGGGCAAAUGCUGAGGCUGUCAACUACCGACCUGUCAGUCUAACACCGGUGAUAGGAAAGGUUAUGGAGCGCCUGCUGGCAACGCGAAUCCGGGACCAUAUUGGGGUAUACGACCUACUUAGCCGACAACAACAUGGUUUUUGGAAAAACAGGUCGUGCCUAACAAACUUGGUAAUCGCACGAGAACGCUGGACGAUGGCCAAGGCCGAAGGACACCCUACGGACGUAAUCUUCGUGGAUUUUAGCAAAGCUUUUGACAAAGUUCUGCAUGACCGUCUAUUAGGUGCUGUAUGCAACCCACGUGCGUCCCAGGUUGGAAUACGGGGGGCCAGCAGUUUUCCCUUUUACGUUGGCAGUUGUGGCAAAGUUGGAAAGAGUACAGAGAGGCGCAACCCGCCAUAUCGGAGGGCUACGUGGGGUCAGUUACGAAGAGCGGCUGAAGAUCACAGGGCUGUUUCCAGUGGCCUACCGAAGAGUCCGGGGAGACCUGAUCUUCACCAGGCGUGUCAUCAGAGGCGACUUCGGUCCAGAACUACGUGCAGAGCUCCCUCUCCGCGGACAUGGCCGUACGAGUGGACACCCGCUAACUCUAAAGAAACUGCACUCGGUGGGCCUCCCUCUGGUGUACCGUCUAUCUCGGAGGGUGACCAAUCUAUGGAACUCGCUGCCAGCCGAAGUGGUGGAAGAGACCAACGACACAUUGUUCAAGCGACAUCUGGACGUAUUUCUAAAGAGGUGGUGGGAGACACACAUGAGUCUACAUCACUGAGCUGUGGUGAGGAGGCUUACACGGGAGAGAUACCCUCUGCCUCAAUUAUGAAGAAUGAAUGA